GAUAUUUGUAAAAUGUUUAAGAAAAAUAUGGUCAGGAUUUCAUUCAAAAAAAAACAAAAAAACAAGAGAUGUUAUUUUGACUCACACAUGGGUACAUUUAUAUCAUAUUGGAGACACGAGAUAGGAAAAGAAAUCAUCACAAGUUUACCACGUUCAGACUGGAUCUUUCUGUGGAUCGCCUUAUAGAGUAGCAAAUCACCAAUAAGCAAAUUGGGGCGACCCAAAACUGAUCGUCUAGGACAAGUGGUUAUCUUAUACAGGUAGUCAGUAUAAGCAGGAGUACAAUGAACCAGCAACACAGCUGAUUGGGAAAGAACUUAGCUAUGAACCCGCGGUAAAAAAAUAAAUAUGUCUUUCGAAAGAACUUUACUGAAAGAUUUGCGUCAAAAUAAAAACGUUGAGGAUACUGAAGUUGUGGCAGAAACAAAUGUGCAAGUUAAACAGAAAAGAAAGACAAUCAGAGUAACAAUUCUUCCAUUGUUGGCUUUGUUCGUUCUGUUGUUGUUAUUUGUAACACUAUACGCAUUAUAUGUAAUGCUCACAGAAGAGAUACGUAGUGUGACCAAGGAUAAAAGAAACAUCAAUAGUCGAUUAUCUUUUCCAGACUGUGGUAGGCGCCAUUGCGAAGAAUCCAACUGUAAAGUUCGCUCACGACGAUUGGUUGGCGGUAAAAUUACAAAACAUGGUGCAUGGCCGUGGAUGGCGGGAAUACUGGUUGACAAUAAGCACGCAUGCGCAGGAACAUUGAUAAACAAAAAUUAUAUUGUCACUGCGGCUCAUUGUUUACAAAUGAAUGGCAAGCCAAUUAGCGAAAAAAGGUUGAGUGUUGUUUUAGGAUUAAAUCAUCGCACAAAACCGGAAUCGUCAACGCAACAUUUCUCCGUGUGCAGCUUUGUGAUGCAUGACUUAUUUAACCGCGAAACACUGGAAAACGAUAUAGCUAUUGUAAAGAUUAAAAAAUUUCCAAUAUUAGAUGAUUUUGUAUGGCCCGCAUGUUUACCCUCCAAAGGAGUUUCAACGCAUUUUACUGAUAAUUAUGGGUAUAUGAUAGGCUGGGGAAAAGAAAAAGUUUCUGGGCUCCUAUCUCCAUCAUUACAGGCAGUUAAAGUUCCGGUAGUUUCUCAUAGGACGUGUUCCAAACAGAACGAUAAAAUCUACCGUACAGUUAAAGUAAAUAAACACUUCAACACAUGUGUCGGAUACGGAAGAAGAAGAAAAGAAUAUGCCUGCGAAGGAGACAGCGGAGGAGGGUUUUUACAAAAACAUGACUCUGCAUGGUAUGUAAAUGGAAUCAUAAGCUGGGUUGAUCCGAUUUGCAAUUCAAGUACCCGGGAUACGUACACUGUACUAACUCAAAUUUCACAUUACGAAAAUUGGCUAGCAAGUAACAUGGAUCUGCCAAAAACGGAAUCGUAACCUAUUAAGAUCCAAGAAAAAUUAACUGCACGAUAAUUACACACUGCAACUUGUCGUAUAGCUUGCUUCUUCUUGUUUAACGAUGCAGCAGUACAGUCCCUUCGAAAGCUGGCCAAGACAUCGCAAUCUUUUUUGAAUGACGUGCAUUCAUGUAGAAACAAAAAUUACUACGUAUACAGCAGAAAUAAAUGUGGAUAUAUUGUGACAUCUCCUUAAAUUUAAGGCAAACUAAAGAAACGAAGUAAGGAAAAAAGUCAAGCGUAAAGUUGAAUAAUAGUAUAUGUACUCUUUCAUGCUGUUUUAUGAUUAGUUAGGCAGUAUAUUUAAUUUUCAUUAGGGUUGUUAUUCAUUGAGGUCAUGCAAUGAAACACUGUAGUAACGAA